CUCUUGUCUUGGGAUUUCUUUUCGUUGCUUACGAUGUCUGGACGUGGCAAGCAGGGAGGUAAGGCUCGCGCCAAGGCGAAGUCUCGCUCUUCUCGCGCCGGGCUGCAGUUCCCGGUGGGCCGCGUGCACCGCCUGCUCCGCAAGGGCAACUACGCCGAGCGGGUGGGGGCCGGCGCGCCGGUGUACCUGGCGGCCGUGCUGGAGUACCUGACGGCCGAGAUCCUGGAGCUGGCGGGCAACGCGGCCCGCGACAACAAGAAGACGCGCAUCAUCCCGCGCCACCUGCAGCUGGCCAUCCGCAACGACGAGGAGCUCAACAAGCUGCUGGGCCGCGUCACCAUCGCGCAGGGCGGCGUCCUGCCCAACAUCCAGGCCGUGCUGCUGCCCAAGAAGACCGAGAGCCACCACAAGGCCAAGGGCAAGUGAUCUGGCAGUCCUCUGAGUUUCCGGAAGCGCUUUCAUACCCAAAGGCUCUUUUCAGAGCCCCCC